CGUCGAUUGGGAGCAGCAGCAGCUCGUCAUCUACUCGGAGCAACCCAACAUCAUCCCCAUCAGCAUCUGUGACACCUACUCCGUCCACCGGUAUCGGAUCGGGCGCAAUCGCGGGAAUUGCAGUGGCCGCGCUGGCAGCCGUCGCCUUCGCGCUGCUCGGCUUUUUGUGCUGGCGUCGCCGACGAGGGAGGUACGAUGAUGGCCGACGUGCCGGCGUGUUGGAGGCACCGCUCGACAACGAUGGGGAUAGGGAUGCGAUGCAGGAGCGGCCCGGCAGCGGGCGAUUCGUGGUCGACAGUGCGUGUUUGAUUCCCGUAUCAGUGCGGCGAGAUGCUGAUGCCGUGCCGUCUGCAUAGGCUACCCCUAUUCUGACACAGCC